GGAAGCCAUCGAUGCGUGCAGCUUAUUCCAAACUUCCUAAGGUUAUGGUUCUCUCUCUCACGAAUCUUUAUCAGUUAGGAUCUUUUUACGCUCCACAUCUUAUCAAAGCUCGACAAGUUUCAAAAUGGAUUCCUAGCUCAAUCAGGAAACUCCUCAAACUAGACGGCUUACAGGCUCGACAAAUCGGCGAUCCUACACUUCGACAACGGGCAGAGACUGUGGACAUCUCAACUGUUCGUUCUCCCGAGUUCAAGCAGAUGGUAGAGCGAAUGUUCAAAGUUAUGAGAAAGGCUAACGUUUCGUCCAUCUCUGCGCCACAGAUUGGAAUAAGACUUCGAGUGAUUGCUCUUGAAAAAACCGCCAAGCAAAUCAAAGAGUUGAAGGAAGCAGAUGUUACCGAUCAAGACAUCAAAACGUUUGGAAUUGUCAAGAUUCCUCCGACAGUUUUAAUCAACCCUAAGUACAAAAUAAUUGAUUCUACUUUAGUUACAUUACGCGAGAACUGUGUUAGCUUAAAAGGCUAUUCGGCUCUCGUUCCACGAGCUAAAGAAAUCGAAGUUUCUGCACUUGAUAGAGAAGCUCGGCCUGUCACGUGGAGGACUGUGGGAUGGCCACCUAGAUUGAUUCAACACGAGGUUGAUCAUCUUAAUGGAAAGCUAUUUGUGGACUCCAUGCUUCCCGAAACAUUGAUGGAUGAUAACUGGAGAUCUUUUACUAGGAAAUGAUUUGGAGGAUGAGUGUUAAUGUAAACAAUGACAGCUGAUUCUAAACCAGGGUAGCACUUUGGUUAGACUUCUCUAUCAGCAUAUUUAACUCCCAAGAUCUAGUUAUCAAUUCUCCACACUGUAAUUUGGUUAUAACAACCAAGUUUAAAUUGUGAAUUGGACACCAUAAAGAAUUUAAAUUUAAAUUAAAAAGCUGAUGUUUCAAGCAUUAGCCCUUCGUUAGC